UUGGAAAGGCAACCAAAGAGCGAUAAAUUGAAUCUAUUUAAAAAUGGUAGACAAAUAUUGAAUUUAAUGACGUAUUCUGUUUAUUUCCUUCCAAGUGAAGUGUUUAUGAAUGUAUUUUAUUCAAUGACUCCACGUAUCCAAAUUGUAUCACGUAUAACUGAACGUUGUUUUGGUAAUCAACAACGUUCAGUAGAAAGGAACCUUAUCGAUCAUUAACCAUUCAGCUUCCUAACCUCUCUAAAGUUUCACAACAAGUUUGCUGUAAGUACACAAAUUGAGUAAGCAUAUCUGGAAAGUUUGUUAUGGCACACGACAAAAAGACUGUAAGACGAAGUCGUUCGCGCGAACGUGAUCGCGAUCGUGAAAGAGAACGAGAUCGACGUGAUCGAAGGCGUUCGAGAAGCCGAUCGAAGGAUCGUAAAAAAGAUAGGAAACGUUCGAGAUCGCGAGAACGAUCGAGAGAAAGGGACAGAUCGCGUGAAAAAGAUAGGGACAGGUCAAGAGAAAGACGGGAGUCCAAAGACAAAUCAAAGGAUGAGAAAAAACGAAAACCAAGUCCUAUAUUUGUCUUGGAAGACGAGAGUAAAAAAGACAAUAAGGCAGAAGGUAAGAAAGAAGAGGAAGAAACAGAGGAGAAAUCGAAAACUCUUCCAAAGAAAGAGCCGCUCAGUUUGGAAGAAUUACUAGCUAAGAAAAAAGCAGAAGAGGAUGCACGUGCCAAACCAAAAUUUUUAAGCAAGGAGGAACGUGCCGCUUUAGCGCUCCAAAAGCGUCAGGAAGAAGUUGACGUUAUAAGAAAGCAACAGGAGGAAAUGCGUAAAUCUUUCUUCCACAAUGAAAGCACUGGAAAGGAUAGAGAUUGGGAUGAUAGAGAUAGGCGCAGAGAAGGUCAGCGUACAAGGGAAGACGAGAUCAAGGAUAAGGAUAAGGAAAAAGAAGUAGAAGCUAUUAAAGAGCGCUACCUAGGAUUGAUAAAGAAGAAGCGACGAGUUAGAAGAUUAAAUGAUAGGAAAUUUGUAUUUGAUUGGGAUACAUCGGAAGACACUUCUGUAGAUUAUAAUAGUAUUUAUAAGGAAAGACAUCAGGUUCAGUUCUUUGGUAGAGGAAAUCUUGCUGGAAUAGACAUUAAAGCACAGAAACGGGAUCAGAGUAAAUUCUAUGGAGAGCUUUUAGAAAAACGGAGAACAGAAGCAGAAAAGGAACAAGAGAAAAUGAGAUUAAAGAAAGUGAAACGAAAAGAAGAAAAACAAAAGUGGGAUGACAGACACUGGUCGGAGAAAGCUCUUCACGAAAUGACAGAGAGAGAUUGGCGGAUAUUUAGAGAAGAUUAUAAUAUUACGAUAAAAGGAGGACGUAUACCCGAUCCAAUUAGAUCUUGGAAAGAAUCGGAAUUUCCAAAAGAAAUUCUUGAUAUUAUCGACAAAGUGGGAUAUAAAGAUUUAACGCCUAUUCAAAGACAAGCAAUCCCAAUUGGACUUCAAAAUCGCGAUAUCAUUGGCGUUGCUGAAACUGGUUCUGGAAAGACGCUGGCAUUCUUAAUUCCACUGUUAUUAUGGAUUACUAGCUUACCAAAAAUUGAAAGAUUAGAAGAAGCAGAUCAGGGUCCUUACAGUAUAAUUUUAGCUCCGACACGUGAAUUAGCUCAACAAAUCGAAGAAGAGACUAACAAAUUUGGACAACCGUUAGGUAUAAGAACAGUUGUUGUCGUAGGUGGUCUCUCGCGAGAGGAACAAGGAUUCAGAUUGAGAAUGGGUUGCGAGAUUGUAAUAGCCACACCUGGACGAUUAAUAGAUGUAUUAGAGAAUCGAUAUUUAGUUUUAAAUCAGUGUACAUAUAUCGUAUUGGAUGAAGCUGAUAGAAUGAUAGAUAUGGGUUUUGAACCAGACGUUCAAAAAAUAUUGGAGUAUAUGCCAGUUACAAAUCUAAAGCCAGAUAACGAAGAUGCAGAAAACGAGGAAAAACUUUUAGCUAAUUACAAUACAAAGAAAAAAUACAGACAGACUGUAAUGUUUACGGCAACUAUGCCACCUGCGGUAGAACGAUUAGCAAGAACUUACUUACGACGACCAGCUGUCGUGUACAUUGGCAGUGUAGGUAAACCAACAGAGAGAACAGAACAAAUUGUUCAUAUUAUGGGUGAAGCUGAUAAACGUAAGAAACUGAUGGAAAUACUCAGCAGAGGAGUUGAACCACCAGUUAUUAUAUUCGUCAAUCAAAAGAAGGGUGCUGAUGUUCUUGCGAGAGGUCUAGAGAAACUAGGCUAUAACGCCUGCACUCUUCAUGGUGGUAAAGGACAAGAACAGAGAGAGUACGCACUUGCUUCUCUCAAAAGUGGUAGUAAAGAUAUUUUGGUUGCCACCGAUGUCGCGGGUCGUGGUAUCGAUAUUAAGGAUGUGUCUAUGGUCAUUAAUUAUGAUAUGGCUAAGACUAUAGAAGAUUACACGCAUCGUAUCGGUAGAACUGGUCGUGCAGGAAAAGCCGGUCUUGCUAUUUCGUUCUGUACGAAGGACGACAGUCAUCUAUUCUAUGAUUUGAAGCAAACAAUCCUCGCGAGUCCAAUAUCUACCUGUCCUCCCGAGUUAUUGAACCAUCCAGACGCUCAACAUAAACCUGGCACAGUAGUUACAAAGAAACGGCGGGAGGAAAAAAUAUUCGCCUAAAAACAUUUACACCUAACUGUACGCAUUUGACUGUAACCACUUGAUGUUUUACAUACAGCUAAGCAUAUAUUUUUGUAUAGUAUAUAAGUAGAAUAGG